AUGCGGAGAUUAGAAGAUGCUGGCAAGAAUGGGUGGACAAUGGCAGAUUUCAGCAGCAUGAUGGUAACGGUCGAUCUAGGGCCACAGCAGAUCGGGAGGAAAGUGAUUGUCAGAGCAGCUGUCACAGCGUCUCAUUCAUCGCUAUCAGCCAUCAGACUAUUAUGUGGACCUGGGAAAAUAAUAAUUGAAGCUCUUGAAACUCCAGAAAUUAACCAAGCUGUUAUUGGUAUGCCAAGAAAGGAAAUAUUUAAUUAUUGUAAGGAAAAUUCGAUAAGACUUGCUGAUGCUACAGAUAUAAGUUUCCAUAACUCUCAAAUAUCAGUAUUAAUUGGUAAUGAUUAUUACUGGAAACUAGUCACUAAGAAGGUUAAAAGAUUAUCAAAGAGUCUUGUUGAUUCUGAAACCAUAUUUUGUUACGCUAUAAGUGGGACUGAAGCGUUAAGUAAUGUUUCUACACUUCAUUCCGGAAUUACGGUAAUGAAUGUUGUUGAGAAUAUUUCACAUGCACAGGAUUUGAAAACUAGUGCAGCUCUAAAAAAGCGAUGGGAUUUAGAUGCAAUUGGAAUACUUGACUAUAAAACAAAUGAAAAUGACACUGAAGUUAUGCAGAGAUUUGAAGAAACAACUGAAUAUAAAACCAAUCGUUAUGAAGUUUCAUUACCUUGGAAGGGUAAUGUCAACAAAAUGGGUAGUAAUUAUAACAUCGCCUUAAACAGAUGGAGCAGUUUACUUAAAAGGUUUAAGAAAAAUCCUGAAAUUUAUGACAAGUAUUCAAGGGUAAUUGAAGAUUACCUAAAUAAAGGAAUAUCUGAAAAGGCUCCGAAGAAUUCUGCAGAAAAUAUCUAUUAUUUGCCACACCAUUGUGUAAUCAGAGAAGAUCACGAUUCUACGAAAUUAAGGGUCGUAUUUGAUGCUUCCUGGCAUACUCAUGACAGUCUAUCUUUAAAUGAUUGCUUACAUUCAGGACCAAAUUUGAACCCUGAAUUAGUAAAUUUGCUAAUUAAAUUUCGUUGA